CCUCUGAAGAAAUACACAAUGAUGCUAACAGUGAUUUGAAGUCGGACAAACGCUUCGUAGGAGAGGACAUAAAAACUGUUGUUAAUUUAUUCAUUUGUGAAAUUUGCUCCAAACCGUAUUUAUUAGAGCGCAAUUUAAGAAAACAUAUGAAGUGCCAUGAUGGUGAAGAAAAACGGCAUGAUGGUGAAGAAAAACCUUUGGCGUGCGAAGUUUGUUUCAAACGGUUUAGAACUAAUUUUGCACUAAAAUCGCAUAUGAGGACUCAUACUGGAGAAACAUUUAAGUGUGAACUUUGCCCCAAAGAAUAUUUUUCAAAUUACUCUUUAAAAUUACAUAUGAGGUGGCACACCGGAGAAACUUUAUCAUGUAAACUAUGCUCCAAACAAUUUGAAAGAAUUUCCAAACUCAAAGCGCAUAUGAUAAGGCACAGUGGAGGGAAAAAAGAAAGACGUUUUACAUGUGCGAUUUGCUCCGAAACAUUUUUAAAGAAAAAUAAUUUAACGCGACAUGUAAGAUGGCAUACUGGGAGAACUUACACGUGCGAGAUCUGCUCCAAACAAUUUGUAGACAAUCAUUAUUUCAACGUUCAUAUGAGAUUGCAUAGGGGCGAAAAACCUUUUCAGUGCGAAAUUUGUUCAAAACAUUUUUCGCACAACUCGUCAUUAAAAGUGCAUAUGAGAGUGCACACUGGAGAAAAACCCUUCAUCUGUGACAUCUGCUCCAAACCGUAUAUAACAAGCACGAAUUUAAAGGUACAUAUGAGAGAGCGACACACUAAAGUAAUGCCCUUCGAAUGUAAAUUUUGCCCUAAGAAGUAUGCAUCAAGUAGUAGAUUAAAAAGACACAUGACAGUGCAUUUGCCAUUCCAAAAAUUCACAUGCGAAAUUUGUUCAAAACAAUUUUCUACAGAUUCUUCCUUGAGAUUUCAUAUGACAACACAUACCGAAGAAAAACCCUUCAAAUGUGACGUUUGCUCCAAAGGAUUUGGUAACACUUCUUCGUUAAAAGUACAUAUGAGGAUGCAUACGAAAGAGCUUUUCCCAUGUGAAAUAUGCCCUAAACAAUUUUUAACAAAUUACAACUUAAAAAUACAUAUGAGAAGGCAUACAGGAGAUAGGCCGUUCCCCUGUGAACUUUGUCCCAAACGGUUUGCAAAGAAAUCUGAGUUAACUGCACACAUUAAAUGGCAUACUAGAGACGUUCUUUUCACAUGUGAAAUUUGCAACAAAGAGUUUGUUACCAAAACAAUAUUAACGAACCAUAUGAAAACGCACACUGGGGAAAAACCAUUCUCUUGUGAAAUUUGCAGUAAAAUUUUUGUUACCAAGACGGUCUUAAACACCCAUAUGAAAAUGCACACUAGAGGAGGACCGUUCUCCUGUGAAAUUUGCUGCAAACAGUUUGUUACCAAAAGAUCAUUAGCUAAUCAUAUGAGAACUCAUACGGGGGAAAACCCAGUCAAAUGUGAAGUUUGCAUCAAAGAUUUCGCACAAAGUUCUAUGUUACAAACCCAUAUGACUGAUCACACAGGAAACUAAUUUUUUAAGUGUGAUAUUUGCUCGAAGCUCCGUAUAUCAAAACGAAGAUUAAACUACACACUUUCACAUCAGAAAUUUUCAUAUAAAAAAAUGAAAUACUUUAUUACAGUAAAACUUCGAUAUAAAGGACUAAUUGGGGGGCGGGGUGUCCGUUAAAGCCGAAAGUCCGUUAUACAGUGAUGAGCGAAAUAAUAACCGGCAAAAUAGCACAAAAGAUGGAAACCGUAUUAAGUUGUGAGAUAAAAAGAAAUGAAACUAAUCGAGCUGAGACGUUUAGCGACAUUAGCCUAUAGGCUAUGAGCUCGUAGGUAGAGGGGAUAAUUAAAAAUUCGCGAACGCCAGUAGUGACAAAUCUGUAAGCUUUUACUGGAAAUUUGACAUAAAUGUCAAAGUGAUUAAUUUAAAACAUUGAAAUUAAAAACAUUAAUAAGAAAUAAUAUUAGUUCGUCAAAGCUGUGGUGUAUAUUUUUACCUUAAAUAUACUUACGUUUUAAAUACUGAAUUUAAGUUUUUUUAAUAUUUCGUAAUAUGUAAUUAUAAAUUAAUCUAAGCGCCAUCUACACGACAAUUGUGAAAGUAUCCGAAAUAAGAAAUUAAUAUUUCAUUAAUAGAACGUUAAAAUGAUUAGCAAAAUCUUUAAAAAAUCGAUUACAAUUUAAUUACUUUUUGCGUUGUAAAUGUUAAACGAUAACAAUUAAUAAAUUUAAAAAUUACCGGUGAAAGUUGCAUUAGUAAUCCGCUAGGAGCGACACCAGCGAAGCUCAGAGCGUAUAAAUUUACAUUAUAUUGACGUAUCCCACGUUUCCCACCUUUAGACGUAUCGCACGAGUUUGACAACUAUCACUGUCACAGUGACAGUUUUAGUUGACAUACUCCUCUGAUACGUGUAAAGGUGAGAAACAAUAUAAUGUAAAUUUAUUGGUUAAUAUCGCUAAAUUUCCCAACUCAACUAGUUUCAUUUCUUUUUAUCUCACAACUUAAUACACGUUUUCCAUCUUUUGUGCUAUUUUGCCGGUUAUUAGCGCGCUCAUCACUGUUAGUCCGUUCUUUAACGGUAAAAUAUUGCAAAACCUCUACAUUUUAAAGAACCGCUUGGAUUGACAUGACAUUUGGCAUACACAUAGCUAACAAGUCAAGGAAAAAAAGUGAUAUUGUGCCGAUAUGUGCUUUUGCCCUGGGGUGGUUUUCACCCCCUCUUGGGGUGAAAAAAUAUUCGUCCAAAGAAAGUCAGGAAAUGGAUAAACUGGCUAAUUUUAAGUAACUUUUGUUUUAUAGAGUUUUUUCACUAAGUCAAUACUUUUCGAGUUAUUUGGCAGUGAAUAUGUUCAUUUUUUCAACAAAAUAACCACGCUUUUAGACGGUUUUUCGCAAAUAACUCAAAUAGUAAGUAUUUUGUCGAAAAACAUUCUUAGCAAAAAUAUAGCCUGUAAAAAAUUUAAAAAAAUGGUGUAUAUAUCACGUCUCUACACCUAGUAAAAGCAGAGUUAUUGCUAAUGAAAAAUAGGUUCAUAUUCGUCAAAUUCCAAAUGGAAUACUUUAACGUGAAAUAACCAAAAAUGAAGAACA